AAUAUCGGGUAUAGCUAUAAGUUACGGGACUAAAUCAACAAAUUUCUCUGAUGGAUAUAAAAAAAUGUUUAAUGAGUACAAAUACUUUUUUGACGAAGAUAAUACUCCAAAAUAACCGGUGUGCCCGACACGGAGUGCUCUGAACAUUAAAGAAAGUACAAAUCUAUGCUAUAUGUGCGGAUCCGGAGCCUCUACCUUACUUUAGAGUAAGGUAGAGUGCCUUGCUUCCUCCCGGUCGUCCGAUCGACAAUUCAACGGUCGGAGAUCUUGGGCUCCACUUUUUCGCCGAUCUCGAGGUCGUGUUGGCCGCUCCCCUCCCGUCCGAUGCGCAAGGCACCCUCCUAGUCGGGUAGAGGAUCCCAAUCCCUAUAUGUGCCGCCAGUUCGCCCGUAUAGAGAGUGUACAAGGGCACAUCGCCGAUUAACUUCCGACUUCUAAUGACUCGUCAUUCUCGCCGAAGUAAACCGGCAGCAGAUCUAAUAAGUCAACUGCCAGCAGACGUAAAGGACCUAAUUUUGACGUUCUUGCCCACUCGAGACGCCGCCAGAACCGCUCUUCUCUCAACCAAUUGGAUGAAUGUUUGGUAUAAUCACGGGCACCUUGUGUUUGAUUCAGACUUCUUCCGAUUGUUCAGAUUAACCCAUCAUCGCCUUGAUUGCAUCAAGACAAUAAAUAAUGUUCUCAUGCUCCGAGCCGGCCAAGUUCACAAAUUUGAGCUUCACAUUAACCAUAGGGAUGAUCCUACCCCGGAGCAGUCUGAUCUGUACCGGUGGUGUCUUUUCUUGUCAAGGAAGGGAAUUGUGGAGCUUGAGCUCUCCAUUUCAUAUCCCCGUCGGAGAUAUACUUUGCCCAAUUGUAUACUCUCUUGCCCGACAAUAAAUCUUCUCCUUCUCCGCGGGUUCGUUCUUGAUUGCCCCGUUGAACCCCGCAUUGUGUUACCCAGUGUCCAGUUAUUAGUUUUGGAAGAUGUAGAGUUUAAGCCGAAUGUUAGUGGAAUUGCCACCAGUUUUCCUAAUCUUAAGGAGCUGGUUUUAUUUCCUUGUGAUGGGAUCAGUAAUUUUGUGUUUAAUGCUCCAAAGCUUACAGGCUUGGGUGCAAUUGUUUCUCCCUAUGUGACUGAUGAAUGGGGAUGUUUUGCUCUUCAUCAGACACAAAUUCAGACUCUUUUAUUGUCUACGGAUCCUCUUUGGGUGAGUCUGAUAAUUUAUUGUCACUACAUUUUCAUUGAAUUGACAGAAACAACAAAAGAUGAGUCUUUGUCACGGUUGGUAUAUUGUGUGGAUGACACUUUUGGUACCAUUUUUUUUCUUUCACUUUUUCACUUUAGUUCUCCUACAUUUGUGGUCGUAACACUUUUGGCCCUAGUGAAAGAUGAGUAGCAAAAUGUCAGCAUCAUUAAAUUUUAGAAAAUAAAGAAGGCAGCAUAGUUGUUAUGUUGUAAUAGUCAAAAGACUAAGUGGAGGCUUAUGAAAGUUUGUAUUAAAAGUGUCAUUCCCACGUUCAGGGAUUAAAAGUUGCCAUACUCAAUAAUCAGACUAGUACCUAUCAUAUAACAAUACAGUAGUUUCUCGUAGAAGCAAAGAUGUUUUGUGGUUUCCUUUAUCUGUUCAAUUCUUUUGAGGCUAACUUUUGUUGUUUACAUUUUUCUAAAGCUUAAAUCUGAUGCCAUAACCUCGCCGGUUUUCCCAGUUGCUCCAAGUUUAGAAAUAAUUAAAGUGCGGGGAAUCAACUUUGCUUGCAAGAAGGACACUAACCUGGCUAUCCAAUUUCUUCAAAAAUGCCCAAAGCUAAUGGAUCUGAGAAUAGAUGGUGCAUCUCCCUACGUGCAUUUGACAAGUUCAGAAGAUGUAAUUCCAAGCGUUUUGGAAGAUUCUAUAAAUGGUGGCUUUAUAAUUGAUAAGGAUCUGGUCAUGCUUAAAACAGUGAUGAUCCAACCAUUUCACGGUUUCAAACAGGAAAUGCACUAUGUUAGAACAAUCCUUUUAAAAUCCCCAGUCCUAGAGGAACUUGUGAUUAUGGGUUCAUGUAAUGUCAAUGCCUCCAUGUCUCUCAUGAUCACAAGGGAGUUGAUGAGUUUCCCUCGUGCUUCUCCAAAAGCGCGUAUUGUCUUCAUGGAGUACCAGGAUUGCUGGGAUUGCUGGUUUUCCUGAGUUAUUGGAAUUUGCUGCACUAUGCUAAGUGCAUGUCCUAAAAGUACAAUCUCUAGCUCAACAGGUUGGCUGUCAUGAGGUUUUCAAAGUGUUUCCAUGUAUUAUGAGAAUGUUGCCUCUAACUUGCUUUGUAGUUGAUUGUGUUUUUUCCCUUGUAGUUCUACCAUUGUAAAGUUUUUCACUUUUAGUCCUCUGACUUAUGUCACUGUUGUGAUUUUGACAUUUUUUUCAAUCGUCCUUCAGUUUUGCUAUAAUAAUUGAAGGAUCGACAUUGUAACAUUAGUUGGAGCACUAAAAGUGUCUGGCUCAAUACCAGUCGUGCAAUUGAAACAUAGUUAGAAUAGAAGUGGAAGAAACAUGUAAUUACUUCAUUUGUCUGGAAGUUUGUUUAAAGAAAAUUUACAGUGGAGAUUUUAUUACAGAGUAUUAUUUAUUCUCA